AUGGGGGAGAUUGAAGAUGAAGGGAAUUGGAACGACGUGCUGAAUCGGCGGAGGAGAGGGGGUGGCAACAGGAAUAAAGAAGACAACUUGGGCGGGGGUAUUACCAAGUUCUACAUCACCAAUCUUCCGAAGGGCAGUAGACCGUGGGACGUGGCGGAGGUUUUCAGAGAUUUUGGAGUUAUUUCAGGGAUGUACAUCGCUAGGAAGUCAGACAAGAAAGGUAAUAGAUUUGGGUUCAUUAGCUUCAAGAAUGUCAAGGAUGCAAAAUUGCUUGAAUCGUCCCUUGACGGUACUAAGAUGGGUGGUUGCAAACUCAAGGUCAACAUCGCUAGAUUUGCAAAUGAAAACACCAGUUUUUGGGAGUCCGACGUGAAGUACCAAGAGAAGGCCGAUCAUCCGAUCGGAAAGAAAUUACUCAAUGAGAAUAGAGGAGGUAGUAAUAAGUUUCGUACGGAGGGAGUAUCAUACAGAGACAUGUUGGCUCCUAAAACUCUUAAUAUUCCGGUCUCUGGUAUGCAGCAGCCGGUAGGCAAGAUUGAAAGAGUUCUCGAAGUUCAUGAGGAGACCAGUGCCUUUUUUGCGUUCCAGGAGAAGGCGGUGGUCGGGAGAGCAUCGGAUGUCAAGUCGCUUACUGCGCUGAAUGAAUGGUUAUGUUCUUCAGGCUUCCUUUCUGCCAAGGUUUAUUACGUAGGGGGUUUGUUUGUUUUAGUUGUCUUCCCGGAGGAUUAUGAAGCGGUGGAAUUUCUUAACAACCGAGAUGUGUGGAAGGACUGGUUCUCUUCCUUAGACAUGUGGGAAGGACAAUCCUUACCCUACGAGAGAAUUGCGUGGAUUAAAUUCGUAGGUGUACCGGUACACUUGGCAGAGAACAAAGCUUUCAAUGAUUUGGCUGAAGUGUAUGGGAAAGUGGUUCAUGCUUCUCAGUUAUCUGCUGAGGAUAGAGAUCUUUCGGUUAACCGUGUCGGUGUCCUUGUGGAGCACGGGGAUCCGAUUAAGGAUACUGCUAUCCUUAGUUGGAAAGGUAGGCGAUACAAGGUGUGGUUAUCGGAAGAACAAAGAGACUGGAUACCAGAUUGUUUGGUAGAAGUUUCCCGUCCGGUGCCGGCGGUCGGAGCAGUUGAGGAGUCUCAGACUCCGUUGGAGGUGCAUGGUAAGUCGAAGAGGCAGGAAGAUGAAAGGGUGAUUCCUUGCAUGCGUAGGGAGGCGGAGGUUGAAAAUUGUGCCAAGGGUAAUGACGAAGGGGGGCCAGCUUUGAAUAGAAUGUUCUAUUCCCAAGCCCCUUGUGGCAGUUCGGAUUCGGUGGGUCCCAAGAUUUUGUCACAAGUGGUGAAAAAAAAAACCGUUUAA